AGAGACAUCAAUUUCCCCUCAUGUAAUCCAGGUACUCUAUUUAAUGCAGCGUUCACGGUCGCUCCCUAUUAAGCCGUCCUUCCGUCCCUCCCUCAGCCAGCUCCACCGCCCUCACAGCACUCCGGGGGGUCCUUCCGACCCGUCUCUUUCAGGCAUCUAUGCCUGGUUUGACAUCCCCUACCAUCAUGACCACUUAUCCCCACUUCCUCCCGAUCCUAAGCACCAUUUGGACGUAUUUCUUUCAUCCUCUGGCCCUUUCCCUCGCCGUCCACAGCCCGUCUUCCUCUUCGUUCACGGAGGCCUCUGGAUGCGUGGAGACCGGCGACACCCCUACCGCCCCCACCUGUACAGCAACGUCGGCCUGGCUUGUGCUAGGGCUAAUGUCGUCGGCGUGGUAAUUUCGUAUCGGCUCGCUCCUGCCGUGACCGUCAUGGAGCAAGUCAGGGACGUGAGGAGGGCCUUGGAGUGGACGCACAAGGAGGUGGGGAGGUUCGGGGGAGAUCCCGGGCGGAUCUUCCUGGGUGGGGUGUCAGCAGGGGC